CAACCAUUCAAAUUUAGCCCAACUCGGCUAUAAACAGGAAGCCAACGCGAUCCACUCUCCGAAUCGCGAUAACAACUCAAAGCGGCACGAGCGAGCGAGAGGUAGAGAGAUCUUCUUCUGCAAAUUUUAGGGGUUUGGAUUAGUCAGGUCAGUGAGCGCCCAAAAACGAUAAAAAGGAAAAUUUUUUGUAAUACUUGUCGAUUACUACUACAAUUGAUCACCUGUUUUUAAAAUUAAAUUUUUAUUUUUCAAAAGAAAAAAAGCAAUGAAUUGAUUUCGUAUUUGGUGAUGAUUAUGUGUGAGAAAGAGCGUGUGCUUAUUGUGUGCAGGAAGAGGAAGAGGAAGAAAGAGGAAGAGACAGAGUGCGAGAGAUUUAUUAAGAGAGGAUUUGUGAGUGUUUUUUUUAGUGUGUUAGGGAUUUCAACGAUUUUCAUUUCUCAGCUCAAAUUCUCUGCUUUUCUUCAUGGACCGAAAGCUUGUGGUUUUGGGAAUCCCAUGGGAGGUGGAUACUGAAGGUUUGAGGGCGUAUAUGAGUAAAUAUGGUGAUUUGGAGGAUUGUAUUGUCAUGAAGGAGCGAUCCACAGGCCGAUCUCGUGGUUUUGGUUAUGUAACAUUUGCAUCAGCUGAUGAUGCUAAGAAUGUGCUAUCAAAUGAGCAUUUUCUUGGCGAAAGAAUUCUGGAAGUUAAAAUAGCUACUCCAAAGGAGGAGAUGAGAGCACCAGUUAAGAAAGUAACCAGGAUAUUUGUGGCCAGGAUUCCACUAACAGUGGAUGAAUCAACCUUUCGGAGUCAUUUUGAGGAGUAUGGUGAGAUUACAGAUUUAUACAUGCCGAAGGAUCAAGUCUCAAAAGCUCACCGUGGAAUUGGCUUUAUCACUUUUGCUAGCGCAGAUUCUGUGGAGAAUCUGAUGGCUGAUACUCAUGAACUGGGAGGUACUACAGUAGUAGUUGAUCGAGCAACACCCAAGGAAGAUGACUUCAAGCCCAUUGGCAGAAUGUCACAGGGGGGAUAUGGUGCAUACAAUGCUUACAUUUCUGCUGCCACUAGAUAUGCUGCACUUGGUGCUCCUACCUUGUAUGACCAUCCUGGCCCUGUGUAUGGAAGAGGGGAGUCCAGUCGAGGAAUGGGCAAAAAGAUAUUUGUUGGCAGGCUUCCUCAGGAGGCUACUGUUGAUGAUCUUCGCCAGUAUUUUGGUAGAUUUGGUCGUAUACUAGAUGUUUAUGUACCUAAGGACCCCAAGAGAUCUGGCCACAGAGGUUUUGGUUUUGUCACUUUUGCUGAAGACGGAGUUGCAGACAGAGUAUCUCGUAGGUCACACGAGAUUUGUGGGCAACAGGUGGCAAUAGAUUCAGCAACACCUGUCGAUGAUGCUGGCCCUAGUUUCAUGAUGAAUCCUGCUGGACCAUUUAGAGGUUUUGGUGGUCCAAUGCGCCCCUAUGGUAGGAUGUAUGAAGGCCUGCAUUUUGAUGAUUGGGGUUAUGCGAUUGGGAGUGCAAGGUCAUCUCGAGCAGAUUGGCGGUACCGGCCGUACUAAUAAGUGGCCAUGGUAUAGCUGUGGAGAACUUUAUGGGAUGUCAACUAUUGAACUUAUUAAAUUAUCAAGAUUAAUGCCUGAUGUCAUUGUCAGUAUCUUUUAUUUUGAUUAUAAAUCAUGUUAUAUGGAGCCAUAUUUUUUAGUUUCUGUAGAAAAUAUUCCAGUUGAAGUCUAUUUUUUUGGCCAAUCAGUUUAAGUCUCUAAUUAAUGUAUUUUAACACUGUAUAUUAUCAGUUUUAACCAAACUUUUUCAUUGCCGA